AACCAGGUACAGAAACCACGAAGGGUUUCCGGAGGAGCAAAAUCUAGGCGCCGCCGUCGCCACUCGGCUCACGCCUUGGUCGCCCGCUUCUCCUCCCUAGGUUUUCUUCGCGCUGCUCCUCCCCGGCUACGCCUCCGCGCGCGCUCGUCGUCUCCAUCCGCCUCCGUCUCCGUCUCCCUGGCCGAGCUCGUCGCCGUCCUCCGUAGCGGCUCGCCCGGUCGUCGUCGCAGCUCCCCCCGCCGGAGGUUCUCCGCCGUCCUGAUCCGGCCGGCUUCGCUCGUCUCCCCGGCUCAAGCCAAAACUUGUAAGGAUGGCGGACGAGGAACAUGCUCAAACUUCUAGGAAGAGGGUUGCAGACAAACAAAUCAACAAGGAUCAUCCUGAGCCUGAUGAUGACUCAUCGGAACAAGAGACAGGAACAUUUAAGAAAGCUAGUGAAGAAGUGAUGGCAACCCGGAAGAUUGUAAAGGUUCGGCGUCAGCAGCCAUCAGCAGCUCCUUCUUCAAAUCCUUUCUCUGCAAUUAGAUUCACCCCCAAUGAUUCCAUUGCUCAAGCGAGUAUCACAGUCUCAGAGCCUCCACCUUCUGAUGUUAGCAAUGGCAAGUCCAGUGCCCUAACUGAAGCACCCUCUCAACUUGUUGAGUCAGAUGGCAAGGCAGAAGUUACAGUGGAUGGAACUGGUGAGGACAAAGUGGUUGUUGAAGAACUCAAGGAAGAUAACAGCAAGACAUCUGAAAUUGAGGGCAAAACAAAUGAUGGAGAUGCUGAAGAGAAGAAAGCAGUGGAUGAAGCUGGAGGUGAAGAUAAAGUUAGCAAGGAUGAUGAUGAGAAGAAUGAUGAAGCUGAAUCAGGGACCAAGGAUGGAUCAUCUGAGCAGAAGGACGCUGAUAACAAAGGGCAGUCAUCAUCGCCGACACCUCUUUUCUCCUUCACCAAUCUGUCAAGUGGCCAAAAUGCUUUCACAGGACUGGCUGGAACUGGAUUUUCAGGCUCAUCAUUUUCAUUUGGCUCGGGCUCUAAAGACAGCUCAAAUGCUCCCCUAUUUGGGCUAAAGAGUGAUGGCUCAUCAUUCCCUUCUUUCAACAUUGGUGCUACCAACAAUGGGAGUUCUGCCCCAUCACUCGCCACUGCAGCAGACGCACCGAAGAAAUUUGCCAUGUCAGAGGGCCCAGUUGAAACCGGCGAAGAGAACGAGAAGGCUGUAUUCACUGCUGACUCUGCUAUAUACGAGUACCUCGACGGCGGCUGGAAGGAAAGAGGAAGGGGUGAACUGAAGCUGAACAUCCCGGUAUCUGGCGGUGAGAGAUCUCGGCUCGUCAUGAGGGCCAAGGGCAACUACCGGCUCAUUCUGAAUGCAAGCCUUUACGACGACAUGACGCUGAAGGACAUGGACAAGAAGGGCGUGACGUUUGCUUGCAUCAACAGCAUCGGCGAAUCACCGAGUGGGCUCACCACAUUUGCUCUGAAGUUCAAGGAUACCGGCAUCCGGGAAGAUUUCAAGGCUGCAGUGGAGACGCACAAGGCGAAGAAGGCUUCGGACACGCCAAAGACUCCCGAGGGCUCCCCGAAGGCGUCCGACGUUUGAAACCCACCCCGGUGUUCCGUGUUUUGAUGUGUAUGUGUCGGAGCAAGGAGCCGAGGCGUUCCUUGCUCAUCCUGGAGUCUUAUAAAGUUAAAACAUAUCGUACCCAUGUCAUAUGGUUUCUGGCGUGUCCUGUUGCUGGUCUGGAACGGUGGGUGGUCUGUUGAACUUCAAUUAAAGUCAUAAAUCUUGGUAAACUGGAGAAAUGGGACUCGUUUCAGGCUAUAUGCUUCUUCUGCUAUGCGAUAUGUAGUAUAUUCAGUAAUGUAUUUGAGUGAGUCAUCACCACAUCACUAUUUUAUGCAUGUUAGUCGUCGCGUUUGCACA